GUAAUGAUCAUUUCACACAUGUAUGUAGAAAGAACGAAAAAUUUCAUUGAAACUCGUUGAAAAGAAAGCUUUAAGAUCGCAGCUGACGGCCAGAAACCGUUCCUAGAUCUGCUGCGAUUAUUUGAUCGCAUAAUGGUGGAUCAGCCGAACCAUAAAUCGUACAAAAUACGCGGUCAUUCUCGACAACGAAGAAGCUCAAAACCGUAUUCCAGGCCUAGCGAACCGAAAAAUAAGGUGAUAUGCGAACUCUCUCGAAUCUUAUCUUGAUAUAUGAUUUAGAUAUUUAGUACGGGGAAAGUUUAAAAUAUCUAAACCAUGUUAGUUUUGUAUUUAUGCGAGUUCUUUCUAUUUGUUUAGGGUUUGCUUGAUAAAGUAAAGGAUUAUUUAAGUCCGUCUUGGCUGUUCGGAUAUUUUACACAGAAUGAAGACGAUUUUGAAGCAUCUAACUUUGAAGAUGAUGUCUCAGAUCAGAAUGCUGUAGUCACACACGAAGAAGGAAGUACUUCUAGUUCGUAUGUCCCAAAUCAAGGUCGUUUAGCUAGCCUUGGGGAAGAAAAUGACGAUGAAACAUUAGCUAGUUUAGAACUGAACAAUGAUAGUAUAUCAGCAGAUACGACCGAUAAGGCACAGGUAUUUGAUGAAAAUAAUGGCAAGCAAGACACAGUGGAAAUUGCUGACUCAUCAAUCAGGCUGUCUGGAUGUCUUAACGAUGACAUUGAAGUAAGUAUCGAGGGUCGUUGAUGAGUAAAUGUUGUUCGUGGAUGCCGUACAGGCAAGCAAAGCUUUCCUAGACAAGUUUCAUUUGCUUGUGUGUACGUCAAGGAAAAUGCUGUCAAAGAAAAUUUGACAAGAAAUACUUCUGUGCAGGUUUUGUCAAACAAAAGUCGGCCUUGACGUGCGAUAAAUGUUAAGAAAGACUGCGUGCACACAAGCAACAAAGCUUGUCAACAGAAACUUGUUGACCGCACACAUGAGAAAGUAAAGCCCUGGGCAAACUAGGAAACAUUGUUUCCUGCCAAUGUUUCGCCAUGUUUCCCAGAGUGGGCAAACACUAGGAAACAUUAGUGAGAAACAUAGGGAAACAUCAGAUGUUUCUGAAUUUGCUAGGAAACAUUUUUGCUUCCCAGGAAGCAAGUUUUGUUUCCGCAACAAUGUUUCCACGGGUCCGGCAAACAGGGAAACAUUCGAGGAAGCAUUGAGAAUCACAAAUGUUUCCGCAACAAUGUUUCCUGGUUUGCCCAAGGCUUAAACUUGUCAAGGCAAACCUGUCGAACUGUAAACUGCAAACCUGUCGUACUGUCGAACAGUACGGUACUUAAGAGUCUGCAGUUACAAACUAACUUGUUAAUGCCACACACAUGUUUACACUUGCAAUUUUUGCUGCGACUUCUGGUGCGAUUUUCGUCUUCUGAUGCAUGUGAACGAGGAGUUAUGAAUGUUGUGAGUAUGUGUACUUCAUGUGAACAUUCAUUAGUCAUCCACUCGUUCACAUCCAACCAAAAAUCUCACCUCAAGUUGCAGCCAAAAAUUGUAAACAUGCCUUUAGAUUGAGAUCUAAUGUGGAGCAGCUGCUGACUGAAACCAAGUAUGGAAUUAACAAAAAGCAGUUGCUGACAAUAACACAUUUAUGCCAUUAUCAUACAUAGUGCGUACCAGGCUACAGGCAUCAAUAAAAUGUGCGAGCGUCGCUCCCUAGCACCUUUUGAAUUUUCGUGGACACAUUUUAAAAUACUGACAUUUUCACAAUAGUUAGAUCACAAUAGUUAGAUCACAAAAUCUAAAUAAGAUGUGUUUUUGCAGGCACAUUUUGAAUUUUGCUUGAAGGCACGAAAAAUGUUAAUGAGGCCUGCCAGGCUAGCCUUUUUCAACACAUCUUUUAAUAUUUUUUGUAGGACGAAAAUGAAAGGCAAAUAGUGGAACAAACGGACAGACCACACCAGUCUGUUUCGUCUUAUUCAUCUGACCAACUUACUAGAAAGCCUUUACCAUCGUUACUGCAUUCUCGCUCCUCAUCUAGCUCGUUAUUACUACAACGAGGAACACCCAGUCUUCGUUCUCAAGGAAAUCCGUUGCUGGGGUCGAUGUCAGCUCGAAGUAAUUUGUACACUCCGAGCGUUAAAUUGUCAACACCAAUGACAACAAAUCGUGCAAGUUUUUCAAGCACACAAAAGCCAAGUUCCAGUCUAACAAGGCCAUUAUCAACAAGGAAUUCAUCUCUGAAGGACAAUAACUUGACUCAAGGUGAAACAUCCACAGUUGAUGCUACGCCGAGAUUUAAUACUUCGGCAACAAGUUUGGCUGGAACAACUCAGCCCAUUCCUACUGGGAGUUCUGCUCCGUUAUUCUCCGUGGAGAAAUUUGUUACUCCUGUGGUUAGUAUCUUUCUAUUUCAGAACUUCAGAAAUAUGAAAAGAUAGUUUUAUAUUAUUCUGACGCUGCAGAGAACAUCAACAGUUCGGAUAUCUAGACUCCCACUCUACCCAUUGAUCUAUCGAGUCAACAAGGAUUGGUAACAAGUCUUAUCCAAUUCAAAUACACAAAACAUCUUUGCAAUGACUUAACCUUUGUCUUGGAGGACGUGUAAGUCAUUGAGUGCCAGUGCUCUGUCCUUGACAAGUAAAAUAAUCUGACAUUAGACAGAGUAAAAUAAUGAAGUAUUGAGGCACAAUGCAACUCAAUGGGUUAACUCGGUGCUGCAAAUAAAUAUUUGACUUGACAGGACAUUUGUCCGAUCACUUUUAAUUUUGGUCGGACAUAACUUGAAUUUGGUCGGACAAAAACCAACAUCACUAAAUUUGGUCGAACAUAUAUACGUCACAGGAUAUAUAUAUAAGUCACGAGACAAGUAUGUAUAGCCAUUCCGGCGCAACGUUAGGCCAAAAAAAAAAUAUGUGGGUUUCCGGUUUCUUCUUGUAAAAACUUAGGUAGGGUAGGUCGGUUUUAACUUUUUUUUUUAAACUUUUUUUUUAAUUUUCCGAAUAAGCGGACGCCAUUUUGUUUAGUCAGUGCUUCCACAUCCAAAGAUAAAUUUCCCUAAUAUUGCCUCAAAUUUCAAUUUUCCACAAACUUUUUCCUCUAAGUGGAAACACUUACAAGCAUAAUCCAAUAAAAAAGUUUAGGGUCGGGAUUUCGACGUCCAAAAGCUAGGUAGGGUCGGGAAACCGGAAACCCACAUAUUUUUUUUUUUGGCCUUAGGUAAAAUGCUAGAAUGCCUUAUUACGGAUUUUGUCACAGCAAAAAAAUGUAUAAUGUGACAAUUUUUUGUGAUUGGACCAGUGUCCGAUCAAAAGUACUUUUGCUCGGACAUUUGCCAAAUUUAGUCGGACAUUGUUCGAUGUCUGACAGUAAUUUGCAGUCCUGUUAACUAAUAGUCUGAUUAACCCAUUGAGGGUGAGCACUCUUUCUUCGAAGAGUAAAAUCAUCUGGUGUUAGACAGAGUAAAUCAUUCGAGUGGGGCUCAAUGCAACUCAAUGGACUAGACACCUGAAGAUGCAAGUUUAACGAAUAUUUUCCUUUUCCUCUGCAGUCUCAGAAUAAUACGAAACUUCUUAUCUUAGAAAUGUUAUUAAACACUAUUGAUUAAUUAAUGCAAAUGUUCCUGUGUAGCAAAGAACAUUUACAAACAAACGUGUGGGUUCACCAAGCUAUCCAGGGCCAGUGAUGUUUGGAGGAGCGCUGAAUGUGUCACGGGAUGUGCCAUCCAAACGACGAAGGAUGAGUUCCCCUGGCUCUGAGGUAUUGUUUCAGUGACGUUAUUGUAGCAAAUGUGUAUAUUUUGAAAAAGUAUUCAUUUUAUUUACUUUUAUUUGAAGCAUUUUUGUUUUUUGUUAAAUUAACACCAGUGUUUUCUGGUAAUUUUUAUUUAGAGCCAUCAUCCUGUUUCAAAACUUCGUGUCAGAGGAGUGAAAGAAAAAACAAUUCAACGUAUGUCUUGUUUGCUUGUACAAACUUUGAAAUUUUAUUUUUUUGUAGAAGUUUAGACCUUUAUGGUGCAACACUCUUGAUGAGUAAAAUCGAUCAUCUCAAGUUAGACAGAGUAGAAUAAUAAAGUGGGGUGCAUUUGGGUGCAUUAUCACAUUCCCCUUGUUGAAGAGUAAAACCAUCUUGUGUUAGACAGAGUAAAAUACUGAAAUCGAGUGCAUUUUGGUGCACUGCUUCUUAAUGAGUUAAAAAUGUUUUAUAAAUGGUUUGCAGACUCAACUCUUGGUGGAACAGGUACAAGAACAGCACAACGGAUUCUUGAUGCCUUGGAGUCAGUCUCAUCUCCACUCAAGGUAUUUUAGUGCAAAAUCAAAAGGUAUUUUAGUGCAAAAUCAAAAGGUAUUUUAGUGCAAAAUCAAAAGGUAUUUUAGUGCAAAAUGCCAGAACUCCCUUUACAAAUGGCAGAAAUGCCAGAACUCCCUUUUCAAAUGCCAGAACUCUGUUUUCAAAUGCCAGAACUCCUUUCCAAAUGCCAGAACCCUGUUUUCAAAUGCCAGAACACCCUUUUCAAAUGCCAGAACUUGGUUUUCAAAUGUCAGAACUCCCUUUUCAAAUACCAGAACUCCCUUUUCAAAUGCCAGAACUUGGUUUUCAAAUGCCAGAACACCCUUUUCAAAUGCCAGAACUUGGUUUUCAAAUGCCAGAAUCCCUUUUCAAAUACCAGAACUCCCUUUUCAAAUGCCAGAACUUGAUUUUCAAAUGCCAGAAUCCCUUUUCAAAUACCAGAACUCCCUUUUCAAAUGCCAGAACUUGGUUUUCAAAUGCCAGAAUUCCCUUUUCAAAGCCUUUACAACACAGUUGUUCCUCAGUACCAAAAACCAAUAUUUUUAAAAGUGCAAUAUUGAAUAACCAAUCUUUAAAAUAUAACUAUCGAUAUAUUGCAACAGCCUACAGUAAGUACUAAUUAAUAUUUUGUGUGUAGGAUGUUCGUCGGAUACCAUCACCAAUUUCAUUGGCAUCUGCAUCACCAUUAUCUUUUAUGGUAUGUUUCCUUAUUCAUUGUUUGAUAAUAUUCACAUUGUACAAACCUGUGAUUUGAUGUUAAAAAUUCUCCCCAGGCAUCAAAGACUCGAACAACUCCACCAAAAACAAGAGUAGGUCCACGAGUUUCAUAUUUACAGGUAAAUCAGACAUGUACAUCAUAGUGUUUAUCUUCGUAUUUUAAGUCUGUGUAACUCUUUUCUUGUAUUUUCUUACAUUAAAGUUGUAAAUAUCACAUAUUCUAGAUUUUUGACUGUGAAUUUUAUACAUUUAAGAGGAGAUUUUUUUUAUGUUACGUAACAUGUGCUCAAAACUAAUGCGUAUAAUAUACCACUUGAGGUUAUAACUAAGUUCAAAAUUUUUAUUUUUCGAUACGUUUCUCAAUCUGCAAACAAACUUAAAAACUAUGUUUAGUACUUUAUCUGUAAAAUAAUACUAAAAUGAAGAGAUUUUAGAUGGUACGCCAAAGAGAAAAUGCUGUCUGAGGUUCAGUAAGUUUUGCUUAUAUUGCUGUAAACAUGGUGUCAAUUUUAAAGCAUCAUUGAUAAUUGUAUUUUAAUUGACAUUUUUUAUCUAUUUUAUGUUUCUCAACUGGCAGAUGCAUUUAAAAAGGUUGCUGACUCUAUAAACUAGAGAAUAAAGCUAAAACAAAGUAAUUUUGAGAGGAACGCCAAAAAAGAUUUUAGGUUUUGAACACUUUUCAUUGCAAAUACGUGACAUUGAAAAAAAUUGCCUCUUAAUAAGCUUGAUUCCUGCCAGAGGGACUGUAAUUAUUUGUGUAUGUUAUAUUGUACGUGGGGAAAAAUCAAAUAAUUUAUUAAUAUCACAUUGUGUUUAGGCCAAACUACUUGGUGACCCUCCUGUGUCAUCAUUACAAACUCCUGAAGUUGCAAAAGUUUCCUUUGUUGAAGAUCCCACGUCCACAGAACCUCAGCCCAGUUCCCCUCCUACCUCCCCACCAAGCAAGAGUUCCAAACACCCUGUCAAAGAUCAAUCUUUGUAAGUUGUCUUCACACAGAGUGAAAGAGAAAGAAAAGUUUUCUGUAGUGAUAAAAUCAUAUGAAUAUCCUGGCAUUAAAACUUUUUCUUCUUUUUAAAAUAGUUUCAGUGGUCUGAAAGACACGGUUCUUAAGGUUUGUGAGAAAUAAAUUAACUAGCUUUACAAACGACGCCAGUUUAUAGUUUCUGUAAACCACACAUAAAUCAUGAGUAUUUUCUAGUUAUACAUAUAUUAUAUAUAUUUUCAGUUCUAAAAUGUUGUUUUUCGGCUGAUGAGAAAGAUCGUAACUCAAUCUUUACAACCGUUACGACCAUAUGAAAAAACAUGCUUAACUAAUUCAUGCUUCAGUUUUAGUGCACAAAUUGCCCUGACUUUCAACAGCUUACAGUUGACCUCAAAGACGAUUUGAAGUUUACCGUUUGCUGUCCAUAAAUGUCAAUUUUGAGGUCUCUAUUCAAUGAAAAACGCUACAAAAAAGACAUUCCUUUCAACGAGAAAGCUUUCAUUUGAUAGGGACGCAACUACGUGAAAAAAUACGAUGUUUAAAGCAAAGCGAAGAUCAUUCAUUUCAAUGUGAGAUUUCUUUGUGUGAACUAAAGAUACAGUUGUAUGAAGUAAAGUGAAUGUUUUUAUUUAUUGCAGAGUUCACUUCCUUCGUCUUUUGCCCCGAAAUCUUUGCCGACAUCGCUGUCGCCGAUAGAAAACACGAGCAGAUCAUCGGGAAAGAUGAGAGCAGCUUCUCGCAGUACAGCCAUGCAUUAUAGUUCGAAUAAAAAUAAUCCAGAUGACGAGGUGAGCCUUCUUGUUUAAGAUAUUACAAUCAACAUACAAGAUCCUCAAGGUUGCGCUGGACAGAGCGAGAUAUGCUGGGUAUCUGGCUUAAAUUAUACUGUUGAUAUAAGGUAGAUAUUGUAAUAAUAAGAUAUUGUAUCUUAUUCAGGUUGUGAAUCCGUUGCCUGAGAUUCGCAGUGCAGUGCCACUGCCUCUCAAUCCAGGGAAGAACAUGUCUUUACCAUUGUUUAAUGCAAACAAAAUAGCAGACGAUGGUCCGAAUAUAUCGCAGAGAAAUUUCAACAAACAAAAGGUACAGUAUAUAUAUUAGUAUUUACUGGAAAUAUUGACAGGCUUGAAAAAGGAUGUGCUGCACUUUCAGAACAAGUUGUCAACAAUGUUUGUUACAGCCUUGUUCCGUUGCAACAUACCAUCUGUUGCGUGAUAUCUAGUGCUUGGUUAAAUACGCUAACAUCGAUUUUGGAUUAUAACGAUUUGGUUUCUCUUUGAAAGGAAUCGUCAGCAAAAGACAAGCAAUUAACGGAGUCGCCUAAAAAUGGCUUCAUCUUUUCAUCGCCUGCACCAAAAUCCCAACGUUUCUCAGUGAAGGAGAGUUUGGAAAUCGCUGAUGAUGAGGUUAAUAUGCUUUGAAUUUUGCUUAAAAAUUUCUACCAAAAAAUAAUUGUUGGUUUAAUUAAGGUUUCUGAAUGUUAGGAAUUUCUUUGACCGUUUACUGUAUUUCUCACUUAAUCGAAAACGUAAAUUUAAUCUCCUUAAUCUAAUUCAAUAUUUUCCCUUUCACCUAGGUAUCAUUUUCAUUCAGUGAACCAACUCCUGUUAGGAAGGUAAGAUUGUAAGAACGGCAUUCUCGUGUUUAUAACCAGGUCUUUCGCCGUGCGACAGAUGUAAUGCGUUUCUAGUAUAAAUCUUCAUUAUUCUCGCUUUCCCCUGUUAACGGUAACAGCACUAUUAAAAUCAGUAUUUUCAUUCUAACAUGAAUUUAUUUAUUCCAGAGUUCUGGUGCUACAAAAGAAACCUUUAAGAAUCCUCUAUUGCAAUCUCAGAAAACUUCAAACAGUUUUAAACCAGCAGUGAAUCAUUCACCGAACCAAAAUAUGAAAUCUAAUUCUCCGUUCAGCAAAAGCCCUCUGACAAACGACAUAACCUUUGCUUCUGGAAAGAGUAAAGCUCAACCCGCUGAUGCUCUUGGGAAACCCGAGCCGGCACAAACCAAUGACUUUGCCCAGCGGUUUGCACCAGCUGCGGGUUCAUGGGAAUGUACGUCAUGUAUGAUCAACAACGAGGCGAGCGCAGUGAAAUGCGUUGCUUGUGAAACAGCUAAACCUUCUGCAGGAAAAACCCGUAAUACCGGUAAAGACAAACAGGAAAUACAGGAAAUAAACUUGAUAGCAAAAUUUGCUGCACCCAAAGAUUCCUGGGAAUGCGAGACGUGUUUAGUCAGGAAUAAAAGUGAGUCGAAUAAAUGCGUCGCGUGUGAAACGAAGAGACCUGCGGCUAGUUCAGACGAUGAUUUGAAACUUAAAUUUGCAGCCCCUAGUGGCUCAUGGGAAUGCCCAACGUGUAUGGUUCAGAAUAAAGCCGCUGACCUAAAGUGUGUUGCAUGUGAGACGCGUAAGCCUGGGUCGAGUUCUAACGAUGAUUUGAGACUGAAGUUUGCAGCCCCAAGUGGUUCAUGGGAAUGUCAGACGUGUAUGGUACAGAAUAAAGCUGGCGACUUAAAGUGUGCCGCGUGUCAGACGAGCAAACCUGGGGCCGAGAGUGCAGGUGAGUUAUCGUACUUUAUCGUCUUAAGGAGGCUCCCUACAGUUUCUAAUAUAUAUCAGUGUUUUCAACUAAAAGCUCUUCAAAAGGUUAUAGGAUGAAAAAUACAGUAUAAGCCUUUGUUUCCUCGUAUAUCAAAGAGUAAUUCCAACAUACAAUGGUUACUCUUGACAUUACUAUGGCAACGUGGCGUAACCAUUUAUCUCGCCUAUAUAUCAGCCAAAAGAUCCAUCAUAGUGGAAAAAUAAGAACGGUGACCUAGCUUUUUUAUUGCAGAAACUACAUUAAUAUGACGUUCUGAAUCAUUUCACAAAGUUUUUUUGUGAAAAUAAAUUUGGCCUUUAAACGUUAAACUGUGUUUAUAAUCUCUCAAGGUUCAACUCAAUCUGGUUCCACCUUGAACCAAACAAGCGUUACCACAAGCGGCUUUACAUUUGGGGGAAAUGAUGCUUCUAAAACUACUACAAGCUCUGGGUUUACGUUUGGCAACAGCAACAACACCGACAAAACUUCUGACCCGGCAAAAACAUCAGCAUUCACCUUUGGACAGAGUUCUACCAAGUCAAGUACAGCGAACUUUUCUUUUGGCAACAACACAGCGACCACAACGGAAGCUAGUUCGACAUUUGCAAGCACCAGUAGUGAGGGGAAACCUGCUUCGGGUUUUACUUUCGGAGGAAAUUCAAGCGCGAAACUCACUACAACUCCGUCGUUUACUUUUGGGGCAACUUCAAACAAAGAGCAAAAUAAACCUCCGUUUUCGUUCGGUGCAGACAACACAUCGAGUCAAAAUGGAGGUCAACAGAAAGAAGAUAAUAAUGAGAAAGUGAACGAAAAGCCUUCAACUACACGUAAGUAUGGCAUGUUAAAUUUUACACGAUUGCAAGAAUGGAGGUAUAGGACAGAUUUGAUAGAAAACAUCGUCUUGUAAGUCUGAGAUGGGACCUUUAUUUCGAGUAUGAAUGACUUUCUUUGCCAUAUAUUUUCCCCUCAAACACUUUAGGUUAACUUAGCCUAUUAUUAUUUUCAGCGACAAUGAGUAUAGCAGAAGCCGCGGCUGCUGGGUUAUUGAAAGUUCCAGGUAAAGAUAGCACGACAACUCAACCGCCGGCUCAAACAGUUGCAACAGAACCUGCAACUGCCCCAACGUUUACGUUUGGUGGGGCGGCCGCCCCUUCAGGAGGGCCUGGGGAGCAACAAGCUAGUACCAAGACAUCUGGUCUGGGGUUCACCCCACUUGCCUCAUCCCAGGUGAAGCCGUUUGCUUUUCAGACGUCAACAGCAACAACAACAUCUACCAAAACCACAACAGGUGAAUGAUAUUGUUUGAUACAUCGAUUUUAUCAUUCUUAAUUUUCGCUUGCAAAUUUUGAACAUGCUUCAACAUUCCUUUGCAAUUUCGAUGAGGCAAGCCAGAAUAUUUAUGAGAUGAGAUUUUAAAAUUCUUUACCACUGGAAAUCGUUAGCUGUUUAAACUAAUUUUAUGCGUAUAGUUUUUAGAACAACAAGUAAAUGCUAAAAUACAAAACAAUAGAUACUCCGAAAAUUGAAAGCAUUUUGAAAAUUUAAUAAAUAAAUCCAAUCACUGGUCGUUGAUACUUUAUCAAGAGUCUAUUGCUAUUAAUAGAAUGAAACCGUCCCUAAACCAUGGAACUAAAACCUCUAAAGAUCUAUCAUAUUAAUAUUUAACUAAUCGUAUCUUGUUACUUCACUAUAUAUACUUGUACAUAUUUAAUAUCAUCAUCAUUCAUUUCCUGAUGAUGACUAUAGUUUAGUCGAAACGUCGAAAUAAAUUUUCAAAAUGGUUCCCUUAAUUUAAGUAAAUACUAUAAAUGUUUGUUUGUAUUUUAGGUGGUUUGUUCACAUUUGGAGCUCAACAGCCAACAGUUUCCACCGUAACUUCAUCCACUGCCAACCCAACUUCAUUAUUUUCGUUCACUGGCACAACUCCUGCUGUGCCUCCUGCUAACACCACAACAACAUCUGCUGGUGUCAAGAACACACCAUUCUCAUUUACUCCCUCAAACACUGCUACAAGUCUGGCCAAUGCUACAACAACAGUUCCAGGACUCGCCACAACCAACUCUGUCCCCUCCUUCAAUUUUGCUGGAUCAACUGGUGGUACUUUACCUUCUGCGAAAGCAACACUCGCAUCAACUCAGAGUAAUCCUGCUGGAAUGUUUUCAUUCUCAGGUUCUGCAGCAUCUGACCAAGCUAAGUCAGCCGCCGUGUUUAAUUUUGGUGCAGUAAAUGGUCCUACAUCAAGUAACGGCCCAAGUGUCAGCACUACUGGGCAGGCAGCAACUGGUUUGUUUUCGUUCAUUGGAACCCAGGUAAAGAUACCAAACAUUACAUCUCAUUGUACUUUGUUAAACUGUUUGUCUUAGAGGACUAGAAGUCCAGCAAGGAUCAUAUUGGUCUAACUAUCCGUUAUAAACCUUUCUCUCUAGAGGUCCAGUAAGAGUCAUCUCGUAUUGACCCAGUGUUACUACAGGAGGAAACCUAAACUAAACUAACUUAAUUUAUACUGGAUAGCUCUAUCAGUUCUAAACUGUUCUUCCUAGAGGUCCAGUAAGGAUCAUCUGGCCUUUUUAAUUCAGUUUUAGUACAGGAGGAAACCUACUAAACUAAACUAACUUUGUCUAUCAGUUCUAAAGUGUUCUCCCUGGCGGUCCAGAAGUUACCACAGAAGGAAAUCAAAACUGAAGUAACUUUAUUAGAGGGGGGAGGGUCAGGUUAAUAGAAAAUUUACGGUAUAUACAUUAGACAUUAAGUGUACAAAACACACGAGAAAGGCCUGUCAAAACUGUAUUUUAACGAAUGAUGUUUUUGCAGCAGCCAUCCACAACACCAGUUGUUGAGAAUCAAAACUCAAUGGGGGGCGAGGAGAUGGACGCAGACUCGAACAAUAAUCACGAUCAAAGCACUUUCCCCCAAGCCACUGGUGGAUUUAACUUCACUGCACCUACAGCGGGUAUGUACUGGCUGGAUUUAUAGUUGGCAGUCACGUGAUCUUGGUUAGCUGUUCCUAAUGCUUUCCCAACACUAUCAUGUUGUAUUCUAUUUAAGUUAAAACAUAGUUGGAACAUGACUUUUUUCUGUGUUAGUGUAAUGUACUCAGGUGAAUAUGACGCUUGUGAUGUUACUCUCAGUGUAUAUCCACACCGAGCAAGCUUGAAAAAUAUGCCUGGCCACUGUGGGAAUUCCAAAGGUCGUAGGUUCGAUUCCCACCGUGGCGAGGCAUAUUUUUCAAGCUUGCCCAGUGUGGAAUAUACACUCAGAGUAACAACACAAGCAUCAUAGUUGGAACACUUAUCAAACGUUAAUCUAGAGCUUGACAUGUUCCCUGUGCCUGCCAACCCUCAUCAACUCUCAUCUUCGUUUAAUCAUGGUGUUUUCUUGUAUUUUCAGGUAAUAUGUCAGGUUUAUUUCCGGCUGGGGGAACCAGCGCUACAACUGGCGCAACCCCAGGAGGUUUUAAUUUCAGUGCCAAUACUGGCGUGACGUCAACGUUCCAGUUUGGGGGAAACUCCAGUACUCCUUCUGGAGGAUUUAAUUUUGGUGCAGCUGUACAAACCGCUGGCUCCUCUCCUUUUAUGUUUGGCGGCGCAUCUACCCCUGCCAGCGGUAAUACAAGUAAGUACAAGGUUGAGACUGUGCCUAUUACAUCAUGCAUAUUACCCGGACACGUGACAUUUUAUAUGUGAAAAGAGUCGGUCAACGGGUACUCCGGUUUCCUCCCCCAGGGAAUGUUGACAGGGUGGGUUGGGGUUAGCCCUGUAACUGACCCUUUCACCGUAGCUGUACUCCGUGAUCAGACAUGAGUCAUAAGGUGGCUGCCAGAGGCGCCCUUAGAAAGCCUUCGACUGGAUCAGGUUGAGCUGUGUCCUUCGUAAUUCAGCUUAGCUCUCAGCUGCAAGUAAGGAUGAUUAGCACACCCCACUUCUUACAUACGGAUUGAUAGGUUGUUUACCAUUUACAUGGAAAACCCGUCCGGUUUGAAAUUGUGCUAAUGGUAAGCAAAAUUUCGGAUAGAAAAUCCCAUUCGGAUUAUGUGCUUUCCAUUUAAUAAUUUCAAUUGUUAAAUCGAGAAGAGCCUGGAACUGGUAAAAAAAUAAAAAAGAUGUAAUUGGAACAACAUUUACCGGUUGAAACGUUCCAAUCGGUAAGAGAGGACAACCUUUUCAAACAAACCGUUCAUUCCGGAAAAGUUCCGGUUGGGCCGUCGAAAUAUGCUUGUUCCAUUUACUUUCCGUAUGGAAUCACCGGAAUUUCCAUGUAAAUGGUAAACAACCAUAGAAACCCUUCAAGUUACUAAAAUGUCCUCUCGUAUUUCUAGACCCAACAACAGCUUCAUUCAACUUUGGGCCAACCUCCGCUGCUUCUAAACCUCAACUGAACGUUGGGCAAACCACUGACCAACCCGCUUUGUUCAACAUGGGCGCAGCACAAACUACACCCAGGGUCUAUCGAAAGGCCGUAAGACGUACCCGACGAUAAAUGAUUGUGAAAAUCUUGUUCAAAAACUGCUUUCUUUUAAAAGUGGUGAAGGUAUAGGACGUAUCUUCCGUUGUCAAUAAUGCGAUGAAUUUUAUGUAAACAAAAAAGUUGUUUGAGGUCUGAAAAGAAUAUUUUAAAAAUAUUUUUGGUCUGAAAAAAAAAAUUUUACUGAAAAAAUAUUUUCGGUAGUUUAUAAUACUUGCCUACACUUGGUUCCGCACGUUUGAGAUAUCAUUGUAGAUAUCAAUGCAAUGGAGUUCGAUUCCUACACCUAUUUUUUGGUGCAAUUAUUUUUCAAUCAGGGAAUGAAGCACCAAAGUCCUGUCUUGAUUUUGAAUCGUAUUUAAAGGAAGCUAGUUUUUGAACAAGAAUAUAAACAUUGAUUUACAAGACGAAACUGACGGUAACUCAAAUGACGGCGACAUUCCGAACUGAGACAUGACUUUCUCCGAGAAGUGAAAUUUCAAAAAAUAAAUACUUGGAGAAGUCACUGAACUUGAAAGACAUCCGUUGAGAGAAACAACAUGAGACCCGAACAAAAACUUCAUUGGAAACAGCUCGAAGGUAUAAAUUCCGUGAUUUUGAUCGAUAUCUAUAUAUGGCACGUGUUUCUAUGAAGAGCACACAUAUUUGAAAUUAGUUAAUGUUCUACAAACCUACGCAAUAAUACGUUCUGGAAGUUUUUUAAGUAGCAGCGAAAAUACACAACACAGCUCGCUUUGAGGAGGAAUUGAGAAGGGGUUAUGGUACAAGUGUAGCUGUUGAAUUGUGUCUUUCGCCAACACGAAGUUAGAAUAAUUUAAAAUAUAGUCUAUCGAAAGGGUGAUUCGUACACAAAUAAAUUUCUUUUCGAAAUCCUUGCUUUUGUCCUCGAAAUAUGGAGAACAUACGAGCCUAGUAGGCAUUUUAUUUAAAAUAUUGUAUGUAAAAUUCCUAUGCUGUGUUCAAUGUAUAUAGACACUCACUCACUCAAGUCAAACCAAUUCAAACUGGAGCUAUUUUAUUAUGACGGGGUAAGGCUAAAAAUUAUGCAAAAUAUUUAUUUUUAUAAUGUAUAUAGGGGGAAUUUCGUAUAAAAUAUAGUGGGUGGGGGGAGGGUAUAACAGAAUAGGAUUUCUAGGGACAAUGAAUAAAAUGGUAAGAUUUUGAAUUGGGUUGGUUUGGUGUUUCAAAUUUGAUGUAUUCCUUGUACUGUAAAUAUAGUCUGGAUAACCUAUGUAGAUUUCAUUUUCUCAGCACGCCAAUUAAAGUGUGAUAACACCAAAUAUGAUUUUUGGUAUGUGUAAUAGUUGGGUGAUUUGAAGAAGAAAUGUAAUAUAUAUUUUUAGUAAAAAAGUUUAUCUUAAUAGACUUUUUCACUCUCAAAGUUCCGGAUAUGACGUCCUAAAAUUCCCCAAAUGACAUAUUCGGCAGCUUCGAGAGCCGAAAAGUCAAUCAAGACGAGUUUUUUUACUAUAAAGAUAUAUUACAUUUCUUCUUAAUCCAAAUAUUUCGUAGGCCAAAAAUCAUAUUUGAGGUUAGUAUAGCACUUUAACGUUUGUAUCGUUAUAGAUAAUUCACAUGCCCAGUUACUAUUCUAGUUUACAGAAGCAUAAAAUAGAACAAAAGGUAAAAUGAAUUAUGUGUAAGAGUCAUUCACUCUUGAACAGUACUGUAGAUAAUUCUAAAGCGAAGAAUAGUAACUGAGCAUGUGAGUUCUGUAAAGUUGAGAAUUGCGUAUAAACAAAUGUUGGCAAAAUUUGUCUAUUAAAUAUAGUCUGAAAACUUCAAUGGGAGUUUUUUCAUCUUUUUGUUGAAAAGUAAAAUUGAUUAUCUUUACGAAAAGUUAAGUACAUGUUAUUUACUUAUUUAGACUUAUUUCUUUGAAACAAACUUUUUAUGUUUUCUUAGAAAAUCUGCGAUACUGAGUUCAUUUUCAUGAGAAAAAUCUACUUUGUGUUGUGGGUGUGUUAUGACAGGUUACCCAGACUAUAUCUAUGCACCCUGUGUAUCGGUGGGUGAAAAAAUAACUACAUCAUUAAAAAUUUACGUGUACUGGUUUUAUGUGAAAUAAAAUCUAGGUUUACUG